UGAAGGUAGUGGAUUGGGGGUUUUAUAAGAUAGUAUUUUAUGAAUUGUUUGUGAGAGAAAAUUUCAAAAGAACCAGAUUUUAUUUCAUUUCGCUUAUUUAAAGCUCUUUCCUGAAAAUCAACAAAGAAAGAAUGACGGAUGAAGGAAGGCAAAAGACUUUUUCUGGUGAUUCCAUAACAAAAGUAACUGUUCAUCAUUGUGAUAAACUGAAGUCAGAAAUUUUAUUAAGACAACCUGUAGUUUGCAUGCAUGUAGUGGAUGCUGAAAAUGGAUCAUACAUCAAAAAAUCUCAAAGAGACCGAUCUGUAAUGUCUUUUUAUGAAAAUCAAAGAAGUGAUCUUGAUUACAUCAUGCCAGUUAUGACACAACCUUGCUCAAUUCAAGGAGAACGAUACCAUUACCUUAAUUGGGAAGAAUCAUUCAUUUUGAAUGAAAAAUUUGAUCAUAUUUUCAAGAAAGACAUGAAUACAAUUUUAUUUUUUGAAGUAAUAGAUUUGAUGUCUCAGCCUUAUAUUGGCAAUGGAAGCAGCUUUGUUGGAAUGAAGAAAAUUGCUUGGGCAUUUCUUAAAAUUUUUGGACAAAAUGAUGCUUUAAAUAUUGGAUCUAAAUUGCGUUUGCAAUUGUUUAAAAUAUAUCCUUCUCAAAAGAAUGCAAAAGUUUCAAAAAUAGAGGUGUACAGCUGGUGGAGAGAAUCGCAUCGAGUUCCUCUACAAGCAUCUCUUUGUGUAACCAUUGAAGCUUACCACACUUUUGUUGUUAAUCCUGCUCUGAGAUCAAUGGUACCAUUGCAACAGCUUGCUGAUUUGCCCUGGGGAAUGGGUUGGUCAAAUUGCUUCUUCUUCAUGUUGGACUAUUCUCGUAAAAUGCAGAUUCUUCCACGAUUCAUCAGCAGGACCGCUGAUAUUGAUAAAUCCACAUUUUGGAAACUCAUGUUACAUAGCUGCAACUAA